AAUUUUUGAAAUGUUGAUUUUUCAGAUAAAAUGGUGGAUGUUGUUGUAAAGCAUAAUGGGAAAUCAUACAACGUUAACCUAACGCAAGAUGCCACGACAGACGAACUAUUUACUAAACUCAACUCUGAGACUGGGGUUCCAAUAAAAUCCAUGAGAAUAAUUUUCAAUGGGAAGCAGAUUUCCAAGGACUCGACACAAACUAUUUCUCAGUCUGGUAUCUGUAGCGGAAGCAAAAUCAUGCUGCUGGGGAAGAAAUAUGAUCCGGCGCAGGAACCAUCAUACAAGGAUAUUUUAAAUCUAGAAACUAAGGCAUUAUUGGUAGAGACGAAAUAUAUAAAGUUACUAGAUGAGCUUGAUGGAGUAGUUAAAGGGCAUCUCGACAAAACUCUUCAACCUGAGGCUCUUAAGUCCAUGGAGAAAAGAUCAAAAGGUGUGAAUGAGGAAUUGCAGCGGAUACUUGAAAACCUGGAUUCUGUUUCUAUUCUUGAAGAUCAAACUGAAAUCCGGAAUAAGCGCAAGAGUGUAGUGAGCCAAGUGAGCAAGAUAAUGGAUCAAAACGAGGAUUAUAUUAACAAGAUAAAUCAAUAUAGACAACAUUAUUUAUAGAAAUUCAAUUGGAUUCACUGUUCAUCACGUGAUACCAUAAAUAAAAUUCUUUAAUUUGUUUCUUCGAGUUUUUAAUACUCAAUCAAAUGUACAUUCAGAAUUUUUUUUAUAAUUUCUGUACGCCGUUGAAUAAAAAAUUAUGUACCAUU